AAGUGAAAUUUGACAGCUAUUAAGAUUAUAUUAAAAGUUGUGGUAACUUAGAACACUUCCAAUUAAUUUUAAAAGAAUGGCAUUCCUGUACUAAAGUAGUACCUUAGGUUUUCAAUAUAGAUCCUGUUAUUACUAUGUAAAAGUAGACAGGAAUUCCCUUAAAUUUGAUCAUGGAAAAACAGUAAGAUGAUUUUCAAAUUAUUUGUCUUUUUUGAAAGAGGUGGGCUGGGUGUUUAACACAAGAAUUGAAUAUAGCGUAGACCAAAAUUAAGGACAGAAGUAUGAUAAUUAACAAUGUUAUUUUAGGAAAACAACAUUUUAUUAGCUCAUUUUAUACUAGGAUUUGUAGUUUAGCUCUUUAUGGGUAAGUAUUGUAAAUUAUUUUGUUCGUGAACCUUUUUUUUGGAGGGAAGAUGUUGGCUAACAUUACAUACUGACAUCUACAAAAUUGAAAGUGGAAAUUCUUCCUUAUUCUUUCUUGUUUAUGUUAUCUUAUUUGAUGCCUUUAAGUUUUUUUGCAGAUGGCCACUAUCUGCAGUACAUGAUGGUGGACUUAUGAAUUGAAAAAUAUUCUGUUUAGGGAAAUGUUAGGUAUUGUGAUGUCAUAGUCUCUAUCACCAUAAGAAAAUACUACAUCAGUAAUAGGACUUUUUUUUAAAAAAGUGAGUACUUGUCAUUUGGUAUUUUUCAUACAUAUUCUCAGCUAAUUUUAAAUACAUCAUUCCAGACACAUAUUUUUAAGAGAAAUGAAUAGAAAUAAUCUGUUUUGAAGAUGCCAUGGCAAAAUCAAAUACAAAAUACAGAGUUUGCUCUCGGGAAUCUUCAGUGUCUUCUCUGUUGUCAAGCUGCAGCCUGAGUGAUAGUACUUCCUCUAAGUCUGAUGCUUCCUUUCAGUAUAAGAACAAAUUGUAUAGCUCUGCUUCUCAGGCUCUGCAGGCCUAUAUAGAUGAUUAUGAUCUAAGCCAAGUGUGUCCUGGUACAAGCACUGGAAAGAUUAACAUUGAUAAAUGUUCUACUACUAUGCCAGAAUUCUCCAACCAUAUUUAUAAACCAAACAAUGCUUUUGAAACUAUUGAUCACAAAAAGAACUCCUUUUCCUUAUCUUAUAGAAGACAGACUGUUAACGACAUAGAUUCUAUUAGCCUAACAACUGAUGAUCUAUUAAAACUUCCAGCAGAUGGAUCAUUUUCUUUCACUUACCUUGGACCAGGUCACCGAACUAGUAAGAAAAUCAAGAAAGGCACUGGAAGACUGAAUUCAUCAAACACUAAAAAGAAUGAAACUUUUGAAGAGCUCUCCCCUCUCAUGGGCAAUGAUAAUUUAGUUACUCCUGUUAUAUAUACAAAUAUGACUGGAAAGCAGUGUGGUAGGCUGAGAAACCCAAAACUUGUGAAAAAGACUAAUAAAUGCAUUCCUGAACCAUCUUUUUUGAAGAAACCAUCUUUCAAGGGCAAUUCAGAACACAAUCUUGAACAAAAUUACCCAAGAUGGUUCACUAGCCAGAAAUCUGAACUCAAUGUUUCAGGGAUAACUAGUAUACCUGAUUUCAAAUACCCAGUCUGGCUCCACAAUCAAGAUUUGCUACCUGAUACAAGUAGUAAAAGAAUUUAUAAAAUAUUUAAAGAAGAUCAUUGUUCCCCUAGACAUAGUUACCAGGCACAAAGAACUUCUCGGCUUAUGAAUAAAUUAGAUUGUUUUGAAUAUUCUUUUGAACCUUCAAACAUUUCAAAUUCCUUGAAUGAUGAUAAAGGAUUAGUUAAUGAAUAUACAUGUGAUUGUGAUCAUAGCCAGUGUCAAUGUGAGAGUCUGCUUCUUCCAGGACAUUCCAAAAAGCCAUUCAGUGGUGACAAAAUUGAAUUGCUUAUUCUGAAGGCCAAGAGAAAUCUAGAACCUUGUUCUGAAGAAUUACCAAAGUCUAUGAAAAAGGAUGACAGUCCUUGCUCAUUAGAUAAACUUGAAGCAGAAAGAUCAUGGGAAAAUAUUCCUGUUACUUUCAAAUCUCCUGUUCCUGUUAAUUCUGAUGAUAGCCCCCAACCAACUUCAGGGACAAAGUGUUCUAAAGGGUUCCUUGAAGACUUUUUAAAUAAUGAUAAUCAGAGCUGUACACUUUCUGGUGGGAAACAUCAUGGUCCUGUUGAAGCCUUGAAGCAAAUGUUAUUUAAUCUUCAAGCUGUACAAGAAAGUUUUAAUCAGAAUAAAACCACAGAUCCAAAAGAUGACAUUAAGCAAGUUUCAGAAGAUGAUUUCUCUAAAUUACAAUUGAAGGAAAGCAUGGUUCCUAUUACUAGGUCACUUCAAAAGGCAUUGCACCAUUUAUCUCGUCUGAGAGACCUGGUUGAUGAUACCAGUGGGAGACAGUCACCGAAACUGUGAAGAGGAAAAUAAAACUGUCUAACCAAUAAAUAGUCAACAUAGAACAAAAAUGUAUUUUUCCUAUUGCUUUAACUGACAAUUAUGAUCCAUACAUUCUGCAGUCUACGAUUUGAGCAAGUAUUUUAUCUAUAUGUGUGUGUGCGUGUGUAUGUGUAUAUAUAUAUAUAUAUAUAUGUAUGUAUAUGUGAGCCAAACUUGAAAAUGUGCAUAGAUUUUGUGACCUGUCGUCUUGUGCCAAAAUACCAAAAUGUGAACAGGAAUGAUCAACUCUAUGUCCUGUAGUCUGACUUUGGACUUUUGGCCCAGAAAUGUCUAAUAUUCAGUGAUUGAUUUCUAUUCUCGAACCUUACAUGGACUCAUUACCCUUCGUCAGUAUCAUUUUAUUUUCUGGUUUUGGAUCAAUAAAUUCUAUCUGGUUUUUUCCUGUUUUUAAAGUUAAAUGGAUACUGUUAUAUACUGUUAAGAAAUUUAAAGGAAUAUCAAAACUGUUAUGGUGUAUCUUAUUAAUAUUAUGGAAGUUUGUUACUUUUAAGCUUUCAUAAAUCACAUAUUUAGGAUAUGUUGUAUUUGCAAGUAACAAUAGCAGGAUGAUGCAAUGGUGAAAGGAAGUUUCAUUUUGUGAAAUCUGUGACAACCUUAUUUAACACUUUGUGUGUAAGAUAUUUUGAUAAUUCUUAAUACUACAAAAUAUUUUUAGAGGAGAUAUUUGAGACUUUAAAAAAUUUCCUAGCUUUUAGUUUUGCAGUUAACUCAAGCUAGUAAAAACUGAGGUCAGUGGCCAAUUGAUUUAUGAAAUCUGAUAACUAAACUUAAAGAAAAGGAAUAUAAAAUAUCAGGAAAGCAACUCUAAAAAAGUUAUUUUGUAAGAGGUGAACUUUCUUUAAAGCAGUCUGCAGUCUUUAAAGUUUGUCUGUAGCUGAAACUGAGCAGAGCUCUGUAAUUUUGCCGCUUUAUCCACAUGAACUUCUAAUAAGCAAGAUUGAUUUUCUCAUCAAAAGAAUUAAGUCAUAAAACAAGACUGUGAAGCAUAAUUUUAAAAACUUGAUUAGGGAGUAUCAAGGUAUGUUACAAAUGCUACAAAAUCACAUGUUGCCCUAAUGAUAGCAUCUCUGCUAUAUAACUUUAUUGUGAAGCAAGAAUGUUUUAAUUGGCUUAUAGAGUUUGUUCUCCCCCCUUGUUUAAAUCUCUGUACUACCCUGUUAUAUAACUGGCGUAUCAGAGAUUGUAGUGUGAGCCCUGUAUUAUUCCUUGAUGAGUUAGUCAAAGUCACCAUACUGUUCUUUUCACCCAGUUUGAGAGAUACUUGCCAAUAAGUUUGUUUUUUUCUAUGUGUUUCUGGCACUGAUAAUUUUUUGCUUCAUAUAAAAUAGUUCGAAUAAUCAAACAAGGCAUUGCUUUGAUGAUUGAAGUAUGGCUAGCUAUUAAAAAGGCAGAUUUUUAAGUAGAUGAACAGGUGGAUCUGUGUCAACCAUGUUCCAAGCUUGGUGAAAUCCAUUAUUAGAUACAUUUUAAAUGAGUCAAGAUGAUAAAGGCAUCAGUUAAUAGGCUUCUUGUCCAUUAUGUUUGUAUCAGACAUUGAUAUUUAAUAUACUUGAAAGGCACCUCUAGAAUGAUUAUGCUAUAAUGACUGAAUAACACCGAUUUGGUUAGUGCUCCCAUUUGCAACAACAUAUCUCAAAUACUAACUCUAAGAUCUCUGUUCUAAAAUUUUGUACUAAUAUUUCAAGAAAUUUGAUUAUACUCACCAAAGGGUAUGUUUUCUUUUGUGUUAAAUAUGGGAGUCUAGUCUUCUAUUAAAAAGGAAAUUAAUUUUAUCAAAAUGAUUAUCUCUAACUUUGUUAAAGGUUAAAGAUAAAAGUAGCUAAGAAAAAUCUAAAUGUGACAUUCUCUAAGUAAUCAAUUCAAUUAACAUGUUUAGUAUUUCACUAUUUUGAGGGAAAAAGGGAGACAACAGUUUUGAGAUUGCAGAGUUAUUUAAAGCAGAUGAGAACAAUUCAAUUUUAAAAAUUAUAUUGUGAGUAGAAAACUAUCAACCUUUUUCUCUCGUUUAGCUAUGUUGAAAAAUGUUAAAAUUAUUUAAGAUGUUUGAGCAUGGAAAAAUUUAACAAAUUCCAAUCCCAAAAUUUAUUUGAAAUCAAGGCAUAAAAGUUUGAUGAAUGUGAAAGAUUCAAAACAACUAUAGUUUCUUUAUUGUCAACAAGACCUCUCAGUUUUUUCUAUGAUAGUAUUUUGGCAUCAUGGAGAUUUCUGACCAAAUUGAAGAAUUUUGUCUUCUUGGUUUUGUUUGGACUAUAUGUCUCUAGUAUUAUGGGUGAAAUUUAUGAAUGUGGGAUUUUGGGGUAUUUUGCCUUAGUAUUUGGGAUGAUAUUUUGUUCAAUUAUAUAUUGUUAAACCAAAAUGUUACCUGAAUAUAAAUCAUGAAAAGAUUCCUUCCACCUUCCCCCUCCCCAUGUUUUGAAUUGAAAUUUCAUUUCAUUUUUCCUGUCUCACCUUUCAUUAUGUCUGGAAACUUACUUGGUAGAAGAAAACUUGUCAGAAGGUGCAAUGAGAUGUAAGAAGCAAAAGGCCAAUAAAAUUGUUAAUUCCUGAACAACUUAAGUUUCUUUAAAUGUGAAAGAUAUUUAUGUAGCUUUCUGUUCCAUGUAUUGACUGGAAGUUUCAUGAAUGGUUGUAUGUUGUGUUGGGUUGUGCCUCAUAUGUUGGGGCAAACUUGACCUUACCUGAACACACACAGCAGGUUACAGUGUUGGAUAUUUUUCCUGUGAUAUUUGAAAGUAUUCCUUAAUUCCUUGCUUCCUUUCUUCUUGUACACUCAUCUGUCACUAAGACUAUUUUCCUUUUUUGGACCAAAAAAAAAAAAAAAAAAAAAACAAAGAACACUCCAUAAUCUUUUACCCUCCCAGUUUUUCACAUUGUGCUUAUCCUAGGUGAGAUGUGACUGUGUAACAAUGUAGCAACUUUUAUUACAAUGUAGCAAAUGAAACAAUAGCUAUCCAUUCUUUAAUACCUGAACCAAGACCAGUCCAUUUGCCUAAUACUUAAAAUAUUUACUCCUUACUUUUAAAUAUUACACUGGACUGUCUGCAAGACACUGUUGUAAUCUUACUGAUUUAUUUCAGCAGAUUUGCAGUAGCUAAACAGCUUUACUUAGAUUCUCCUAAAAACUUUCUAUGUAUAGUCUCAACUUUGUGGAUAUAGUUUCUCAAACUUUUUAACAGUUUUCUUUAAUUCUGAUUAAUUAAAAUGUACUUUGACAUUUUUUAAAAACUUCUGGGUCCUGUAUUUUUGUUUCUAAACAUGGUAACAUUCUUCCCAAACUCUGGUAGGUUGGCUUCUCUCUUUCUUUUCCCCAUCACUUCUGUAGCCAUGAUUUCUUGUGUGAGCAUUUUGGAUAGUGCCUCUGUGAUGUUGUAUCCCUAGGGAAGGUGGUGUCGCAAAAAAUGUUAGAUAACUUAUCUCCAUACGCAUAGUGUCUCUUACAUAAUGUAUAGUUAGGAAUAUGUUAACUUUUGCAGUGGUCUUAAAAGUGUUGAUCAAUGAUUCUUUAUAAAGAUUAUAAGCUCAAAAUAGGAGAGAUAAAAACAUGGUAUGCAAAUUAUUUUUUUAAUGAAGUAAAUUAUAUUGGAUUAUUUUUAUCCAAAUACUUUGAAGUAAAUUAUUUUUUGAUGUUGCUGCUGUAUAUCAAAUAAAAUCAACAUUUGUGUAAGUAUUUUGGAUGACUUAGCUGUCAGCCUCAUCUUUUGAUCCUUCAAAACUGUUUUAUCUCUUUUGCACCUCAUCAGAUAUGUGAAAUACUUUAUCCAUCUGGGACUAAGUCAAGGACAAUUUUUAGGCUGGUUUUCAUUGUGUUGCUUCUUUGAGCCUGACUUGAUGGGGAAAUGUAUCAAUAAUGGGUCCAAUGUAGAAAUAAACACUGAUUUUUAAAUAAGGGAAGUUUAAUGUAAAAAGUUUAUGAUAAAAGGAAUACAGUAUAAGAAAAAAAUUGGUACCCAAGAGUUGAGGGGGACAGUACUCAAUGAGAAACAAUCUUGGAAGAGGGCAUAGUUCAGGUCUUACUGAAAUGUAGGGGUGACGGAUACUGGAUACUGUAUAGCAUACUGAGUAGCAGAGAUGUUUACUGGUGUACUGAGACCAGACUUGGUCUUUAGUCACUAGGCAAACGGGGAGCCACGUAUAAGGUUCUGGGAACCUGCAGCUGGUCACUGGGUAUGUCAGCAUACAGAGGGCGUGGCAAGCACCAGUGCUGGCUGAAUACCUGGUUGUCAUGCGGAAGGUUGUAGUAUGAUCACCAACUUGGCCAGGUUUGUGAGUUUUCAGCAGAGAACCACACAUUCCGGCAUUGUGACUGGGGCAGGACCCCAUUGAGUGUUUUCUUCCCCACAUUUUUCAUUAAUGGUGUAGCUGCCAGACAGCAGCAGGAGAGCCUCUUCUGGAUGAAUCUGGAACUGAGAGACCAUAAAUUAACUGGCACAGAAACUGAUCAGGUUCUUUGGAAGAGAACAAGGGAAAUGCAAAAUGCCUCACUUGGUUACCUGUUUUGCAAUUUUAUAACCUGUUUAAAAGCUGGGCAUAAAGUAAAAUAGCAAAAAUACUAGUGCCAAUAUCUUUUAAAAUCUAGUGAAUUUGAUAAGUUUGCUACAGAACAUAGUCUGAACUAUUAACCUGGUACUAUUUUAAGAAUUGUACAUGAAUGGUUCAGUCAGAAUAUCAGAGAUAGAAUAGAGUGCAUCCUUUAUUUUUCAUCAUAUCU